CUCCCUUUUCCUCACACAGCAACUUGCCGCGACAUGCUCAUGGAGAAAGUGGAAACGGCGGAGCUCGUGCUCACGAUCCUCUUUGGCCUCGUCACCGUCUCGUACGGGUACAACGUGAUCCAGUUCGUGAUGGUGGUGUUCUCGAUCAUGGGUUUCCUCGCGGUGGCCAGGUCGUACGGAGUCGAGCGCAUGGCAACGUUCUACAUUGCGCUGCUGUACUUUGUCGCGUUCUUCAUUGUCCUCCCAUACGUGCCGCUGCGGUACCACGAAAUGGUGUACCUCAUCGCCAAGUUUGCUCUCCAUAUCGGCGCGCUGGCGUGGACGAUUCAGAUCGUCUUCAACUUCAUGCCCGAGUUUUACGUGGCGUCGAUGCUGAUCUCCGUCAUUAUUUCCGUGUGGAUAUGGGGAUUCCAACGUCACACUUCCCGCGUGUGUUUGAUCUUCUCGACGUCUCUCCUGGGGUCUCUUGUCCUUGCCGAUGCUAUUCGAGACUGGUCCCGUCAAGACAACAUUGCUGUCGUCGCCAGCGAUGGAAUGCACGUCGGCAUCAUCGUGUUCUUCACGCUCGUGGGACUAUAUUUCCAAACAAAAGGCUCUGUAGAACCCGUCGAACGUCAUGGGACCUUCGAGGUCGCCGAGCGUCCGUCCGUCGCCGCGACCGAAUUGUCAGAGACCGACUUUCCAUCCACGCCACACACGCCAACAAGUGAUUUUGUCACGGUUCCGUACGUCGAAGUCAUCGUGCAUCGUGAUGCACAGGCACGUACUCCUUUCAUGUUUGUGUCCUCCAUCGCCGACGAAGCAGAAGUUGCCGUGGAAGUGCCGCCCACAAAACCCGCGGCUCCGUCAACUUCCUCGACCGUCCUGUAGCCCCUUCUCGCAAUAUUUAUUUCAUCCCAUGUUGAAGUUCAACAUGCUCUCCGCGCCCCCAGCAAAUAUAUAUUUUUUUCAUAUCUGGCC